AUGCCUGGCCUUCCAGCAUCCGUCGACCUCGACGAAUGUAUCUCGCGCCUAUAUAAGAGGGAGCUCCUCGCCGAAUCCGUCAUCGAGGCCGUUUGCGCCAAGACUAAGGAGCUGCUCAUGCGCGAGAGCAACGUCGUCCACGUCCGCGCCCCCGUCACCGUCGUCGGCGACAUCCACGGCCAGUUCUACGACCUCAUCGAGAUCUUUAAGAUUGGUGGCUGGUGCCCAGACACCAACUACUUGUUCCUCGGAGACUAUGUCGACCGCGGCAUGUUCAGCGUCGAAACGAUUUCCUUACUAGUCUGCUUGAAACUUCGAUACCCCAAUCGCGUGCAUCUGAUCCGAGGCAACCACGAGUCUCGCGGCGUCACCCAGUCCUACGGCUUCUACACCGAAUGCUCGAGAAAAUACGGAAACGCCAACGUUUGGCACUACUUCACCGACAUGUUUGACUUUCUGACCCUCAGCGUCGUCAUUGAUGACAAGAUCUUCUGUGUCCAUGGCGGCCUCUCCCCUUCUAUCCACUCCAUAGACCAGAUUGUCAUCAUCGACCGCUUCCGGGAGAUCCCUCAUGAAGGCCCCAUGGCUGACUUGGUCUGGUCUGAUCCAGACCCUGAAAGAGACGAGUUCUCGUUGAGCCCUCGUGGGGCAGGAUACACGUUUGGAGCCCAAGUGGUCAAGAAGUUUCUGGCUGUGAAUAACAUGGACCACAUUCUCCGGGCGCACCAGCUGUGUCAGGAGGGCUUUCAGGUGCUAUACGACGACCGCCUUAGCACAGUAUGGAGUGCCCCCAACUACUGCUAUCGGUGCGGCAACAUGGCCAGUGUCUUGGAGGUUAGCGACACAGGCGAGAGGUUCUUCAACGUCUUUGCUGCAGCCCCAGAAAAUGACCAGCACAAAGACAUGCAGCUGGGAGGUGGAGAGAAACAGGCGGACGGUAACUCUCUUCCUGAUUACUUCCUGUAA